UGAUGUCAAGGUUUUAAAGGAGGAGCAGCGGAGCAACAGCAGCGUUUGUCGUUGUUCGGUUUCAGGAGGUUUGAACAGGAAAUAACAGGAGCAGGCAGUGAGACGAUGGCGUUUUACGACCUCUCGGCCAGACUGUUAACGGGAGAACCAUUCAGUUUCUCCUCUUUGAAGGGCAAAGUUGUGCUGAUAGAGAAUGUGGCGUCUCUCUGAGGAACAACCACCAGGGAUUACACCCAGAUGAACGAGCUUCACGAGCGCUACACCGCCAAGGGGCUCGUCAUUCUGGGGGUUCCCUGCAACCAGUUCGGACACCAGGAGAACUGCAAGAAUGAAGAAAUUCUCCAGUCUUUAAAAUACGUCCGUCCUGGAAAUGGUUUUGAGCCAAAGUUCCAACUUCUGGAGAAAGUGGAGGUGAACGGGAAGGAUGCACAUCCUUUGUUCAUGUUCCUGCGGGAAAAGCUUCCGUUCCCCAGUGAUGAUGCCGUUGCCCUGAUGAACGACCCAAAAUUAAUCAUCUGGAGCCCAGUCUGCAGGAAUGAUGUGUCCUGGAACUUUGAGAAGUUCCUGAUUGGACCAGAUGGAGUCCCAUUCAAACGCUACAGCAGAAUGUUCCUCACCAGCAACAUCGAGGGCGACAUCAAGAAGCUUCUCAUGCAAGCAAAUGAAAAAAACGCCCUCUAAAAUGAUGUUAAGCCAUCACAGCUUUUACUGGCAGCAGCCCUGAGCCUUCAGCAGCAGCUGUGCUCUCUUGUGGGCAAUGACUGUGUUCUGUACUUUUACUACAUGAAGGCAUCCGCUGAAACCAAGCUAGUUGGGAGGCUGGUAUCUGAUAAAACGUAAAAGGCCGAACCAUGUCAGUUUCAUUGUGUACUUGAGAAGCACGGCUGUGGAUUUGUGGAUCAAGACAAUCAAUAAAUGUUGAUUUCUAUCUC